UUUAUCACUUUCUGCUGGCUUGUUGCUAGUCGUGGGACGAUUUUUCCAGAACGUUUUGAAGGAAAGCGCGACGAUGGCGUCUUGGCCAGUUUGCAAAGCGAUCCCCGUACAUUACUCUCAGAAGAGCAAGCAAGCUAUCUAGUUUCAUCAGCAACCAAGCAUCGUUCAGUUCAGUUAUAGUCUUCGUUCAGGUUACCUAAAUUAAUUAAAGCCACCGGUAUAAGUUUGUUCGUUACAAACAGCCAGCCUGAUACAUCCCUCUGCAGCAUCGAAAAGCAAGAAAGCAAUGGUGGGAACUCCUCAGCACCAGGGUAUCCAAUUCGAACGCCCGGUAGGAGCUCCUGCCGACGUUUCCGAGUUGGAAUAUAUAUGUGCUCUGCAUCAGACCAUCCCAGAAGAGAUUCGUACGGAUGGAACCAUCCAUGCCAAGGACAUUCGCAAUUACUUGACGAGUCGUCACGGCGUCUAUGUCGAUCCCUCGGUGAUUGAAGAACAAAUACUGCAACAACUCUGUGGUCACUACGUCCCGGAAGAUGGAAAACAAACCAACGAAUUCGGAGACGUCGAACCCACCGUCAUGGAUCUCUGUCAAAUGAUCACGCUGCUAUUGAUACCCUUUUUACGACGCGAAGACAUUUCAGAGGCAGCCAAACCCACCCAUUCGUUGAAUCACGGGAUUGUCGAGCAAGUCCUCAAACUCAUUAUGGAAGAACUCGAAAUCAAGGGCGUCGAUCUGCAACCGUUCAAAGCCAUUGACGAAAACUUUGAAACGGGAACCAAAAUUACCAAAAAGCUACUCCAACUCAUGUUUCAAGCCUACGAGGAAUACGACGUCCCGGAUGAUGUCUUGGAAGAAAUGGUGGAACAAGCCGUCAAGGCCCAAGAACGACAUCAAAAUGGAGGAGACGACGACAAUAGCGACAAUGACAACAAUAGCGAUCAGUCGGAGGAAGUGCAUCUCAAAACACGCAAACGCGGAGAUGGAGCUCCGCGCGUCAUGCUGAACAAGGAUUCCUUCUUGCGAGCACUCACGUACGAUGUGCAACUCUACGAUCCCGAGGAAAUGGAAGCUUCCAUUACGACAACACACUUGCAAGAUGCACAAAAUGCCAAUCGGAAUAAUGGAAGCGGCGACAGCGACAAGAGCUCCAUGGAGGAUGACUUUACUACCAUGGCACAAGUAGAUCAAGCUGCCGACAACUAUCGAAGUAUCUUGUGGUUUGUCUUGUUGUGGGUGACACUGGUAUUGCACUACUUUUGCUAUGUCUGGGAUUAUCCGAAUGGCUUUGUCAGUUUCAAUUCCUGUAAACGGGAAUUCGGAUGCGAUGUGGCUUCCGCCGUUGUCAAUUGGUUGAUUGUAUUGGCGCAAGUGGGAGUGCCUGGAUUCUUGUACAUUACAUUGGGCAGUGGUGGCAAUGCGACAACCCACAAGGGAGACGAGUUGGGGAGUGCCAAAGUAGCCACGGCAUUCCGAGUAAUGAUUGCCAUGGGAGUGGUGACGUGCGCCACGGUCAUACCCAACUUUGUACAGGGAGAUGUCUUUAUUUGGAACUCCAUCAAGGCCGAUGGGUGGGAACCCUUGCAUUGGUUCUGCUUUGCGCUGGGUGUGGUUUUGCUGUGUUUGCAAUUCCUACGACUUAUUGACGUCUUUGCUCCUUUGGGGUCCUUGGGAGUGGGUGGCAAGGGUCGUGGCGAGCAGGCACUGAAAGAGGCUGCGACCAAAAAGGUGAAUAUUGUAGUCGAAAAUGCCAUGGUACUUCACGUCAGCCCUGUACAAUCCGGCGAAACGUUGAAGUCGAGCGAAGGGUGGAAGUACCCCGCCCGGCAUACAUCCCCCGCAGUGAUUCAAGCGACAUGGCAAUGGCACAAGGAUCAUUUGGAAGAAUUGAAAAAGAAUCGGCGCAAAAAGAAACACAAGUAUCGAGAAGGCAGCAAUAUUGAGUCCUUGACGCGUGGGGAGGGGAUGGCACGGGCGUUGGAGCAUUACCGGGACAUGGAACAAGCGAAUACAUGCGAAACGGUGGGGGGUGUAGCAUGGGCGUUUCAACGGAUCAUUGAUGGUAGGCUCUUUGAUGAAGAAGGAAUUUGGUUGUCGUCGCGAUUGAUUACCAGCAACGUCGCACAAGUGUUUGUGAUUGCCGGCGUGGUGAUAUUCUACGUUGCAUUGGUGGCGUGGUUUGAAGAGACCAAGGCCAACUCUAUUGCGGUGGGACAACGACGAUUGGAAGAAGGAGUUUCGACAAAUAUUGACAAUCUGCAUGCGUUGUUUAGAGCAGAACAACAAUCUCACUAUCAUGGGAGAGGGCAGCAACGGCAGCGACAUCGCAAUGCUCUGGCGAGACAACGACAUUUAAUGCGACGCCUUCAAAUCGUAAGGGAAUACAAUUCCACUCACUACACGGAUGGAUCUGGGGUAUAUCCAAACAUUAUCUACGACGUGAACUCGACGCACUUUUCGGACGGCACAAAUUUUUGGGCGCACACUAUCUAUUCACACAAUGGGACCCAUGUCUUUGACAAGUUCUUUCGGUAUAAUUCGACACACUUUACGGAUGGUGAAAUAUUCUACUCAUAUGCACAAUUCGCAACAAACGGCACCCACAUCACGAAUGGAGAGUAUCUUUUUGAUGGAGUUGCCAUCGUCCCCUUGAAUGGCAAUCAGAUCGUCGCGAGAGUGCAAGACGGGGAAUUCCAGGCCGCUUCAUCCGUGGGCCUCGCAGCAGCCGUUGUCGCAACUGUUGGCAUUGCUGUCGUCUUCAUUCCCUCGUUUGUUUCAACAGUUCUCAAGUUCCGUUGCGGAAUCUUGACCAGUUUGAAGGGCGGGGAGGCAUUCCAGUAUCUUCGCACUUCACCAAAUCAAGUUACGUGGUUGUUGGGGUCGGCUCUGUGGGGAGCUGCUUACUCGGGGUUGCUUGCGGGGUUGUUUGCUGGUGGUUUAUGCUUCUUUUUAGUUUGGUCGGAAACAACAACAACUGCUGUGGCGCUGCUGGCACUCUUCUUUGGGUUUCAUGCUGUUCUGCUUAUUGAUUUCUUGGUCAACAGACUAUUUCGAGACCUCUACGUCAGCUUCUUUUUUCGAAGGCACCCCGCAGUCGUUAACCUCAUAAACGUCUUGACGGAAAGUUGGAACUUGGUGGUGAUGAUGGGGCUAAUAUGGUAUCGCGCCGUGAAGCUCCUGGGUACGACCAUCUACUAUAUUGGCAGGAUCGACGUGCCAGUAUUCUCCCCUGGAGUCGGCUAUGUGGGGGCCAUUGCGUUGGACUUCGAACACUUCAAUUUCAAGCGAGAUCUCCUUAUUCACGAGGCGCACCGGCAUCCGUAUCUCGAACGGCUGGGGCUGAUGUACCUGCUGAAGUUGUACCAUAACGAUUUUGGCUCUCGAGCGGGUGCAUACUGGCGACUUCUCUUUGUGCUGGCAUUGAUGCCCUGGAUGUCCAAAUGGCGCGUCCGGUCAUAUGAAGCAAAUGGAGACAGCGACAGUGAUGACGACGAAUCGGAGGAUGAAGAUGACGAUGGUGAGAAAGGUGUUAAGGAUGACGACAGUCUCAUGAGCCUCCACGGCAUGGAACUCGAAUUAGACGUCACCAAAAGAGCCAACGAAAUGCUUACACGACGAAACGGUGAUCUGAAAUCAGCUGUGGAGGAUUUGCGUAUCAGGCUUCGAGAUGCAAACAAGAGUAUCGCAAAGCUAGAGCGAAAGCAGAAUAGAGCCCGCUCCUCAAACCUUGGUCCUGGUAGCACUGAGAGUCCUUCAAAGCCGGGACCUGCUGCAGAUAGCACAGAGAGUCUCCCGGGACCAGGACCCGUGAGCGUUGGAAGUGCGUCUCGAGAGGCAGACGACACCGGCCACGCUGACAGCUCAGAGAGCCUUCCGGAACCAGGUCCUGCGAGCGUUGGAAGUGCGUCUCGAGAAGCGGACGAUACCGACGACGCUGACAGGUUUUUCUCGGAAGAAGAGGAGGAAAACGACUCGUUCGAAAGUGGAAGCGGAUCUGGCGGCAACCCUGGUCCAGUGUCCGUCCAGCUGAGCGACGACGAUGACGACGACUUCAUGUCAUCCGAUGACGAGCAGCAGGGGCUCCUGAAGAAGAACAAGGGCAAUAAUCCCAAGCAGAGCACCGAUGAUGAUUCCUUCGAAUCUGAAGGGUUCGAUGAUGAAUUUUCUUCAGAAGAAGAAGAUCUAGCGGAGCUGAUCAAAAAGGAAAAGGCCAAACGCGGAAAGUAGGAGGAAGGGCUAAGAUAAGGAGUAGCGGUUGACCCCACGGGGUCUCGAAUUAGUUCAAGGAGUUAAGUUAUCGAUUCAAACUUCAGAUUCUUCCAGAAGU